AGUUUCAUGUAUGGUUUUAUCUGUUUACAUGUCGUCAGUUAACUGCUGUAAUAAUCGUUGGAUGAUAGCACAAGCAUUUGUAAACAAAGUAGCGAAUCAAGUUUUCGUUUACUGUGUUUGAGGCCUACCUGCCGCUCCUGGUACUGGAGGCUACAAGUCGUUUAAUUUGUACUGAAGAAUGAGUAAUACGGGUAACUCGCAAGACGUGACAGAAAAUGAUGGAGAUAAAACACUUACUGGAUCAGAGAGUGUGCUUUCAACUGGAGAUCCAGAAGAGAAUGUGACAGCAGUUGAAGGCGAAGAAGACAAAUAUGGAGAAAUACUUAUUAUUGAUCCAGAGACAGAGGAACUGGACUUGAAUCAUCAGAGAAUAAGAAAACUUGAGAACUUGGAGCCCCUUACUAAGAUAGAACGACUGUAUUUUCGAUGGAACCUAAUUAAAAAAAUUGAAAAUUUACAUACCUUAGUUACAUUGAAAGAGCUUGAGCUGUAUGAUAACCAGAUCACAGUCAUUGAAAAUUUGGAUACACUUGUCAAUCUGGAGAUUUUGGACUUGUCCUUUAAUAGGAUACGUGAAAUAGGAGGCUUACAAAACUUGCAGAAACUUGAAAAAUUGUUUCUCAGUUCUAAUAAAAUUGCAAAAAUUGAAAAUGUUAACUGCUUAAAGAAAUUAGUUCUUCUCGAACUUGGAGAUAAUAAAUUGCGGAAAAUAGAGAACCUUGAGGGGUUAGAUACCUUACGACAUUUGUACCUUGGGAAGAACAAAAUUACAAAAAUUGAGAACCUGGAGUCACUAAAGCAACUAGAGAUCCUUAGCCUACAGAGUAAUCGUAUUACUAAAAUUGAGAAUUUGGAAGAACUUACAGCUUUGGAUCAGUUGUAUUUGUCAGAGAAUGGUAUCUCUGUGAUGGAGGGUCUUGAGCACAACAAGCAACUUUCAACCUUAGAUGUAGGAAGUAACAAAAUACAACGCAUCAGCAAUACAGAGCACUUGGAAAGGCUCGAAGAGUUUUGGAUGAAUGACAAUCUAGUUGAUGAUUGGUCUAACGUUGAAGUGUUGACGCGCAACAGACGAUUGGUCACCGUUUAUUUAGAACGCAAUCCUGUGUCGAAAGACGUCAACUACAGGAGAAAACUUAAAUUAAUGCUUCCCUGGAUUUCGCAGAUUGAUGCCACACUAUGUGUGUCGCCCACACAUGGGGGAAUGUUUUUGGCUGGUGAUCACACACUUGGCUUCAGGUGUUCAUAAGUUAUCUCUUCAUAAGACUGGAACAGUGGACGGGCUGAAGACAGACUGUACAACAGUGUGGUUUGCACAGUUUUAGAAAUUGUAAUUUCAGCAAUUAGCAUUACUUUGUUAAAUUAUUUUCAUAGUGAUGCACGACAUUUAAUGUAGUAUGCAAUCAAAAUCACAAUGAGAACCACCUUCAUGAAACAGUAAUGCUGUUGAAAUGUAACUAGAACUUGUAACCACACUGAAGAGGGUACUUUUCUCAUCCUGUGAUGACCUUUGUCACGAUGGAUUUCUCUGGUUGGUUUCCCUCACAUUAUAUCAUGUCCAGAUCAAUGAAAUUCAUGUUGUAAAGAAAUAAAGAGAGUGUUACGGCAAGAAGAACUGGUUACUGUUACUGCCAUUUGUAUUAAGAUUUUAAAAUCCAGAUUUUAAUAAACUGCCUUUGAUCAUAGAGAGAAGUUUGCUGGGUUACGGAGAAGCGUGCUGGGCUAUGAGACUGUGUAUGCUCUUUACAUGACUCAUAGGCAGGGCACCCUAGUGACUUGUGGUUGUUGUGACAUAAUGUGCCAUAUUUAUGAAUUCUGAACAAUGCUGCUACGGAAAGGACAGAUGUUAAUGAGCUAAAAGAGUUUAUGCUUGCAUUAGAAUAGAACCAAAGAUAAUGUAUAAUAUUUUCAAAAUCUUUCAUAUACCGCAUAUUUCAGAAGAAAGUGCUUCCAAAUAUAAUGGCCAAACAGAAAGUAAAUGGUGAGGGUAUUGUAACUGGAUUCUUGUUCAUAAGCUGUUCCAUAAUAUUUUCAUUUGAGAUAUUAUUAAAACAAAUAACAGAAGAGUAAAAAUGAAUUAAUGUUUGUGUAAAUAAGUGAUAUUGUCAUGUUCAGAUUAAUGGGAAUGGUCAGGUCAUCAGUUUGCAGCUUUAAAAUAUUAAUAUGCCGAUGAUAAUAUUCAGGUGAAUUUGCCUUUACUCUCUCUCUAAUGUUUAUUAGAAGAAGGAGUGGGUAAUUAGUGAUUCAUUCCAUAGGCAGUAACAUGGAAGAGUAUGUUGUGCCAAAAAUAUGUUUGAGACUGCUUUUGAGUCAACUAUAAAACAAAUUAUUUCAUGAAUCCUAUCAUGAUAACUGUUGGACAGAUAUUCUUCUUGUUUGUUCUACAUUGCAAUUGGAUAUUUAUUGACAGCUGUGGCAAUUUGUAAACAAUGUCAGUGUUCUAAAAGAAAACUUUAUUCUAGCCUUCAUUGUCUGCAAAUGACCCUGAGUGAGGAUACACUGAAGCUAUUUGUAAAGCACUGUUAUAAAACAAUUACUGUUGAAAUUUUGGCUCACAGCUUAUUAUGUUUUAACAUGUUACGAGAACACUGUACCCGAUAUUUGCAUUCAUUCUGACGUAGACAGUCAGAACAGUGGAUAGGAUCUUUACCCUCUAUAGAAAGUUGGAAGCUUGAUACUAUCUGCAGAGUCAUAUUUGGGACCAGAUUUAUAAACACUAACUGUUUAGAUUACCUGAAAACCAUUAGUGGAAAGUAUAAAAUCUCUCUCUCUCUCUCUCUCUCUCUCUCUCUCUCUCUCACACACACACACACACACACACUGACAGACAGAGAGAGAGAGAGUUGGGGGGGGGGGGGGGUCAAGAAAUUGGCUGCAUGUGACUUCUCAGUUUAUCAAGAUCACAGUUAUAACGUGAUUAAUAAAUUGCCAAAUGUCACAUUUGGGAAUGUUAGUCUGAUUUUUGUAAGAAAACAAAAGUAUUCUAAUCAGUUUUUCGGUCAGUAUUUUUAUUGCGUCUGGAAUAUUAUUGCCAGGACUUGAGAAAUGUAAUCAGGGGGCUUCUACGAAUGAAUGCUGUAACGGGUGACUAGAAUGAGUAAAUGACAAAAAUUAUACAGUUUGAAUAACAGUGCAAAUUAUUUGAUAAAUGAGGCUAUUCACAUUUCAAAUGUAAAUUUAUAUUGCUUUUAUGUUUUAUGCACUUUGUUUGCAUCAUUGAAUAUUAGUGUCUUCUGCUCUCAUGGCUUUUCUCAUAAAUGUUGCCAACAGUAGUCAACAUAUUCUGGUGAAUACUGUCAUAAAAUAUGUUAAUGCUUCAAAAAAUGCUUACAGCUACAAGUCAGUCUCAGCUAUCCAAUUGGUCUCUGAUUUUCUUGCAGACAUUAAGUGAAUUACAUGAUAUCAGUCAAGUCAUUUAGUAAUUUUUAAUUUUCAUUUAUGUAACACCAUAUUUGAGUCCCAUUACUGUAAGAGAAAGUUAAUUUCUCCUCCACUGUGUCAGUGUAUGUUUCAGGAAAUGCAAAUAAUGUGUAAUAGUACAAAAGACAACAGCUUUGAAUAAUGAAACUAUUGGAGAUCUUAUUGCAACUCUUCUGAUUUAGAUCACAAUUUUUGCUGAAUGGUCAAUGCUGUAUGUACCAAAAGUUGUAGCACAAGUUUUUAUUGGCAAGCAAAUUGUUCUGUAUCCAAAAUAAUUCAUGGUACAAACUUUAUCACAUAUGAUAGCACAACAUCCGUACUAUAAUUUAUACUGAUUAAUUUUCAAGUUUUGUGAGCUCUUCUGAAUAAUAUGCAUUUAGUCAGAACUUUUCUAAAUGGAAUUUCUAAUUUGUAUGAAUUUUAAUAAAGCAGUGACAUUGGAGGGAUUAGGUGGUAGAUAACAUCAGUUUUCUAACUGUGUAGAAAUGUGAAUUUAAAUCUGCAAAAAGCCAGUUCAUUGUUUGAAACUGAAUUAUGUAGUCUGAUGCUUUUUGGCAGCUCCACAAGUCGUAAGAGUAGCCAUGGGAAUAAAAAAAAAAAAUGGCCCAUGGAUGGAGGUCAUGUCUCCAAUCAACCUAUGAAGUAAUUGUGCAUCACACAAAGUGGAUUAUUCUCAUAGCUUGUGUGCAAUUUGUAGAUUACUUGGCUGUAUCAAAAUUGUCAUUGUGAACAUCUAUGGAAGAUGUAGUUAACUGUCAUACCCUCAGGCAAUGACAUUUCCAACUGUUCAUCUUAUUUCAGUUAGAUUUUAGUUUAAGAAAUAUUUGUAGGUGAUUGUGUAGCUUGUUUUUAAAGUUACUGAAGUCUCUCCUUUUAAAUGUAAAAUCUAGUCACUUGUUACCACUGUUGUCUUUGUAUUCUGAAAUUUUAGUCACUGGAAUAGCAAAUGUGGUGAUAAUGAGUUUAACAUAUCAAAAGCAUAGUUAGUAUAUAUUUCAGGUAAAGCUAGAUGAAACUGAACAGUUCUUACCAGCCUGUCAUCUGGCCCUUAAGGCAUUGGGAUUUCAGGAAGUUUGUAUUGGUCAUUGAUCGGAAAGAAUCCUUAAGAAUGAUGAACAAAUUACUGCGUAAGUAGAUCAUAAUAUUUGAUAUGAAUUAUGAAGUAUGGCAACACAACAAUUUCAAUGUUUUCUGUGGUACAUAGGUGGAAAGGAUUAUGGUAACUGAUUUAAUUUGAGAGUUUACUUAUUCCUCCUAAGCAGAUAAUUACAGUUGAUAUACUUUUUUUUUGAGUAUUGCAAAUUUCUGUUAUUUGUGCAAAGCUACCAUACUCCUAAUUAUCUGUCUUUAUUUAUCAGUUUUUGCUUUGCCAUGUAUUCAGGAAUUCAUUUACAUCCAUGUUCUAGUACUCACAUAUUCACAUAUUUCUCAUGGAAUUCAUAUAUGGUUUCAGUUCAUGUAUGUCCAUAUCAUAGGACUCGCAUAUUGAGGCAUUUUUUGUGGACGUCAUAUAUAUAUAUUAUUCAUUUACCAACUGGUACGUUUAUAGCUGACCCAGAAAAAAACUACUACUUGUUGGCCAUUUUUUGUUGUGUUCUUGCAGAGAAGUCUAUGUUUCAUUGAGUAAUAUGUUGGUAGCUCCAAUGCUGCAAGUAAUGGUUUAGACUUUUUUAAAGUUUUUUAAACAAUAUUAUUUGAAUAUUGUUACUGAUUUAUUUUACUCGUGUAUAUUUUAAGUAAUAUGUGGGCCCUUCCUCUGUUAUAUCAGCAAAUGACCAAAAGAGAAUAUCAUUAAGUACUAGACAAAUGUAGGAGAAACAAGAGAUCAGGUCAGUUCUUCAUUAGAGAUGAUAAAUGAAAUGUUGAUUUCAUUUCACAACAGAGAUAUCUGGACAAUAGUUGUUUUACUUUGACACGUAUUGUCUUUUGUCAUGACAGCUGUGGAGCAUCUAUAACUAUUAUGUUUUUAACAUAUCUUAUCCGCUUGUUAUCUUUACAAUGUCCAGUUUAAAUGUUAUAGAAUGCAAAUAAUUUACUACAAUUAUCUGACAUUAUGAAAUAGCCAAGAAAAGUGGAAAUAAAAACCAUUUAUAGCACCCAUCACAAUAGUUUUUAACAUGUAAUACAACUGUUGUCACAGCUCAGUUCAUUAUUGUUCAAUAACUGUAUUUUAUUACUCUAAAGUUGCACUGAAUGUUACAUUUA